AUGAAUCGCCUGCUGGAUCUGCUCCGUCGAUUUGUCUUCGACAAUCAGAGGGCCGACCGGGCUAACACCUCGGAACGCGUGACGCGCACUCUGCAGUAUGCGAACGUCUAUCUCGGUCGCGCUGUCGCUCACCUGUCGGAAGACUCACCAACAUCAUGGAGGGAUUUCUGCGCCAACACCGAGGCAAUCGAGUACAGGUCGGUCGAAUGGCUGCUCGUGCUGCAGAAUCUCACACCCACACCCCAAUCUCAACCCGCUCCACUGCGCGCGCCUCCACAGGCCGGGCAACGACGGCGCGCGCAAAACAGCCGCCCCCAGGCUAUAACGGACAACAUCCGAGCCCUGGUGCCUCGUCGUUCAGACGGGCAACAGAGACCCGACGUAGCCGGCCGGGUCAUCCACGACCUAUCCUUCCCAGCGGGGGCGUCCGUCAACGAUCACACCGACGCCGAGUCAGUGCCCACCGCCGAGUACAAGCACUGCGCAGCCAUCGCUCGGGCGAUUCUUGCCCAGAAAGAACGCUUUCCCGGGUGCAGCAUCAAGAUUCUACUAGGGGAUGAUGUGGCAGCCGCCUUCCGAAACCUUGGCACGCACAACCAUUCAGCUCACCUCUUUGCCGGGACGAUCCCCGAAGACAACGCCCUCGUCAUCGACCUCUCGGCCUGUUUCGGCUGGACAGGAUCACCACGAUUCUACGGAGUCAUCGGCGAUGCGAUCGCCCACAUCCACGGCACAAUCUCAAAUUCGUAUUACCCAAACGGGUUUUUAAACAACCACUGGGUCGAUGACCACGUCUGCAUUGCUGCAGACGUCGGGUCAAACUGCACAGACGUGGAGCCGUCACUUCGAUCAGCCAUGACCCUCAUCCUGGGCCCGGCCGCAGUCAACGACGACAAAUUCACUCUCUGGGCAACAUCCCAGAAGUUCCUGGACCUAGUAUUCAACACCAGCGCUGGUACAAUUUCAUUUCCAGCUGACAAGAUCGUCAAAGCCCGCGCCCUCGUCACCGACGCCUACAAUUCGCGUGCUCUAGGCCGCAAGCAAUAUCGAUCUCUCCUAGGCUCCCUCCGUCACGUCGUGACUUGCGUCUGA